GAGUGGCCAACUACCGAUAGGGCCAUCCUUGCUUUUGCAUUUGCAAAACAAUAAGGAAUGAAGUUGGAUUAAUAUUUAAAUGGCCGUUACUUCGUCCAAAUUAAACACUCUGGACAAAGCUCGGAAGUGGAUUCAAAAAGGACUCAUCAUCUGCCAGGCCAGAGAGCCCUCUCAGCGCUUGGUAGUGUUGUCAGUGGGUGGUGGUGGGUGGCGCGCUUAUCAGCCUACGUAGAGGCUCCCCAUGCCCGCUGCGAUAAGAAAUAGGCGGAACCGCCCGUCCAGGUGCUUGCUAUUAUCAUGGGGUGCAUUACCAGUACAAGUAAGCUGAACGAACUGCGCGGCCACGAAAACGUUUUUCGAGUGCGGGUGGCCCAUCUGCAGCCCUCCCCUGGUACGCCCACCAUUCGCAGCGGGUACCUGGAGCUGACGCCGCGGGAACUGAUCUUCCAAUCGCCCGGCUGCGAACCAAUUAUAUGGGCUUUGCAGCAUCUCAGACGCUAUGGUCUUAACGCCGACCUCUUUUCAUUUGAAGCGGGUCGCAGAUGCAUGUCUGGGCCCGGAAUAUACACCUUCAGGGUUCAAAAUGCCGAGCUGCUUUAUCCUAUGUUCCAACGCUACAUCAAUGCCGUGAAUACAGAUGCUUUUGCUCAGGUGGAAAGGGAUCGCGUAAACUCCACUCACUCGGUGUCCACGAUGAUGGGCCGUGCGGAUGGAAACCCACACAGUAACAACUACUUGGAGCCGGCUCCACUGAUUAGUCGACAGCUUGGAAGUUCCAUGAGCGAUGCUCCGCAUCCCAGUGCUUUGCAUUUGCUGCAGGCCAAUGAUAGCCAAUCAGAUGACACUCCACCUAAUCUACAGUCUCCUGGUCUGAUUCCUAACGCCUAUUUCGAUCAGCCUUUGAGAACACUACAGGAGUGUUGCCUUGAUGGGACCUCUCCGGAUCUGCAGGCCACCCCACCUUCUGGGAACAGAUUGAGCUCACGUCGGCGUACUCUGGAUUUGCCGCCCCAGGAAUCGGCACCUCCGCCGGCACCAGUUUUAAGUCCCAAUGAAUCCGUGCACAUGUACGCCAAUGUUGAGGCCAUGAUCUUCGAUUUAAGCAACGAGCGUUGUUAUGAGAACGUAAAUCGACUGGAACUGCCGAUCUCUGUACCGUCGAGGGAGUCAAUCGCACCACAAGAGCCAGCUACACCGACCAGUUUGGCGGGUAGCAGUGGCGUAAACUACAUUGUCUUGGAUCUGGAUCAGCCCAAAAGUCCUGCACCUCCGUCUGGAUCGCCAAAAACCUUUAACGGCUUUGGCAGUGGAUUGUCUUUGGUUUCAACGAAAGCAGCUGUUACUGCUCCUGUUACUCCGGAGGCUAGUUUGGCGCUCGACGUACCCCCGGCUCCGAAUCAAACCCAGAGUCUAAACAGCGUAUCAGCUGCGGCCGCCAAUGAUGCUGGGGAGCCGACGUCGAACCGAAACUCUGAAUGCUCAGGAACCCAAGGAUACUCCACUAUUGAUUUCAUUCGCACAUACGCAUUGAACAAAUCCUCGACAGAGCUGCCGGAACAGGUAACCCACCGACAGCAUCCUGCACACGAGGCUGAGGAGCUGAGGAUCACCAGACACAGCAAGUGCAUUCGAAAAGCGUACUCCAUUAGCGAGUGAGUUGAGAUGAUGGCACAAUUCAAAGCAAAGGGCACAACGAAUUUAUAAAAACAAGGUCACCCAAAACAAUUCCAGAAUUUGAGGGAACUAGAGUGAGCAACCAGUUAUAAUUUCUGUGGCUUGUGAUUUGCUAAAAAUUGACCAAACACUAAUUUUUCUUCUGAUUUCUGAAAGCCAUUUCAGUUGCCAAUUAUUUAAGAAUCUGUUAUAAGCAGAAAAUUGGAACUUCUUCUAUGAGAAAACAAAGAAAUAACGAAAAGGUUUUCGAAAAUGUGCAGCACAACGAAUUAACCACAAUCGAUGAUAUUGAGGAUGGAAUUAUUUAGAUUGUGGUUCUGUGGAAUUGAAGUGAUUUGCCAAAGAGUUGUUUUGCUUCCCUCUGAGCCAAACAAACAACAAACAAUAUUAAAUCCAGGUUGUUUUAGUAGUCAGUACUACCCUCACACGCAGACAUGACUUGCAUACGUACUUAGUUUAGUUGUUUAAGGAUAGGUAAUAGCGUUCAUUAGAGAUUAGAUGAGAUGAUUUGUGUACGUGCCAGCGGCUGUUAAAACUAGUCAUUUUUUGGAUUUUUGUGCAAAUUUAUCAUAGUGAGCAACACGAAAGGCUUUUAAAAUUUAAAUUGUAAAUGGUAUCCUAAGUAUCGUUAGAUUCUAAGUACCAAUAUAUACAUUUGCGUACACUUAAACAUAAUUGUGUACGAUCGUUGUUGGCCAAGGCUUUAUAAUUGUAUUUUGUUGCAACAAAAAGAAAAGAAAACAAAACGAUGGCAGCAAGCAUUGCAUUGCGUUGCAUUGUCCGCUGUGAGUUUCUAAUUUUUUACAUAAAUAUAUAUACUGCUAAAUUGUUAACCCCAGUUGUUAGGAAUAUUAUAUACACUGAUUGUCAAGCGGAGCAUUCAUCCUUGGAGGAGGUUUGAAUAAUUCGACCGAGGAUUUUUGCAGUUGCAUAUAGAUUUACAUACAUACUUACGCUGGCGGCUCAGUCCGUGGCAUAAACUAUAUUAUUGUUAGUGUCUAAGACGAAAUAUGUGCAAUAAAACUCAAAUGAUCUUGUAA